CGAGAAGACAUGACCUACGAAUACUUUUCUACCAUAAAUAAAUAGGAUGUGUUGGAGUGCUUCAAGUGAGCUGCCCUAGAUAUCACAAAACUAUGCGACGAUAAUGUGAUUGUUCUCUGAUAUAGGCAUCUCCGCUAUAAAACGACAUACCAAAUUCAGUGUUACACGAACCGUGAUCAUUGAAGGUUGAACGAAUAAAUUCAGGUGCAUUCUUUUGGGAUAUCAUUGUACUCGACAUAUCGCGAACCAAUGGACAAUAACAUCAAUAACAGGAUAUUAUGUCAAACACCACACAUUGAUGACUCGUGGAUGACAAACGACCGUAAACGAUAAAAUGACGAUAGCGGCGAAUUAAUAUCAAAUCUAGCAAACUCAUGGAAUGCGUUGAGACAAUCGACGCAAAAGCUUGUAAAACCAAAUUAUGUAAACCAGCAUUCCCCAUUCAAAGGGCUAAUCUAAAAUCAAUUUGGAAUAACUUGGCGCAUACCUGACAAUCAUCAACAGUAAAGGGACAUUCCACAUUUGACCUGUUGAUGUUAUGUAGCUCUCAUUUCAGGCAAGUUUCUUUAUAUUCAGGAAUGUUUUGGGUCAGUUAGCCCAUUUUGGUGUUUGACGAAUAUAUAUUGAACGAAGCAGCCGCAUUCUAAUACACGUUUUACAUAUAAUUUCAUGUACCUGGUAUGUGACCAACCAAGGAGAAUAUAAUGAAUGUAUGUAUGAGAUGAACUAGGAUUACCACUGAAUAUGUCAAAUACAACAACGGGAGUAUCAAAUGUGACAGCUUCCUUAGCUGCACAUCACGCAAACAAUAAUGGAACUACAGACUCUAGUUUUGAGAAGUGGACAUGCUCAUUAGGAAAUGGCACUACUAUUAGCACAUGCGCUUUAUCAACUGAUAGGAAUGCUACCGUUAUAUACGCAACAGAAGCCACAUUAUUUGACAACCAUAACUCAUCAACCAUAAAUAAUAUUACACAAUUGGAGUGUCGCGAUGGAUCAACAUGCAUUGCUGAAAUUAUCAUAUCAAUAAUCAUCAUAGUAGCAAUAGUGUUUGGUGUCAUCGGAAGCAUACUUAGCAUUGCAGUAUGGAGCAAAAAGGACAUGUAUACCGUUAAUUUCACAAAUUUUUUGAUAUCUCUUUCUGUUGCCGAUUUACUGAUGUUAUUAUGUCGACUUCCGGUAAUGGUCUACAACACAUGUGCGUUGAUGACUUCUGGUAUAUCUAUUGAAUACGAGGAGUUUGCGUGGCAAGUUUACUAUAAUUACUCAUUAGUGAUCAUGGAGUUGUUCUUCACCAUAUCUGCAUGGUCGUUGACUGCCGCGUCUUUCGUCAGAUACCUCGCAUUCUGUCAUCCAUUCACAGCCAAGCGGAUAAUAACAAAACAGAAAUCGCGCGUGGUUUUACACGUGAUAUGGGUCUUGUCUGCCCUGAUAAACUUGCCAGUGAUUUUUCUAAGCUUUGAUAGAAGUCUUGCCACGUACCAGGGAAAUAUUGUCAACAUUGUUGUAAUUGUAAAGGGAGAUGACAUUCUGAACAUCUAUACUCAAGUAAAGGAUGUCUUCACGACGUUUGUACCAUGGUUCGUGUUAAUGUAUUGCAUCAUACGACUUUCCAUUGUAUUCAAAAGACAGCAGCACGUGGCCAGGAGGCUUUCUAUCGGUGCGACUUGCCGUAAUAUUCAGAUUCGACAGUCACGAGAACAGAACGUUCUCUGCCUUACGUUAAUAGGGAAUUCAAUAGUGUUCUGCCUAAUCUACUUCCCUAUCUUCUUGCCUUCUCCAACAACAUCCACACUCUACACCAACAUCACCCAUAUGCUGGGUUACCUGUACAGUGAUACUCACUUUAUCCUUUACCUAGUUACAAACAGACGCUUUAGGAAAACGCUAUUCAAUAUAUGUACUCUCAACAAGGCCAGGGACAGCCGUGUGCGAAGGCCACAAUCACGACAUUCUACUGAACUAACUUUCGGCAGCAAAAACAGCCUCGAUGAGUUAGCUCAAUCUACAACGAACAUUUCGGUUAUUUCCAUCAAGAUGCUCGAGGACGAUUUUACGUAGUGCCUCGUCAGCAUUGGACCGCUACAGUAGAUAUAUUAAGAGAAUAGAUGGGGUAUGAAUGAUUUUAUCAUUCUGAAGACCUGAGACUAACGUCUCAGUGUAGAACUAAUAGCAUUUUCAACAAACCCACGGGAGCGUUUUUCGUACCAAAGCUUGUCUGCCAUUAUCAGAAUUACAAGAACUAGUAAAAUGUUAAAUGUUUGGAAGUACUUUGAAUUUAAAAACUAAGCAAAGAAAUGACUAUAUGAAUUGCAACAGUAUAUAAAAAUAGAAACAUA